CUUGUGAUUCUUUGGUCAGUUGCAGACAACCUCGCAGAAGUUGCGAAAGCAAGAAGACUUUUCUACGAGAUUACAAUCUCCCCACGCUUGUUUUUCUGUUAUUCAGCUUUAAAAUUCCGAUAAAUUGUUUGAAAGAUGUCGUUGAGAAAGGCGAUGGCAACUGCCAAAGCUACAGCUGCUGCUGAAUCGAAAAAGAAGAAACCAGUAGUCAAGUCGAAACCAAAGAUAAAGGAAGAAAUCACAAUUUCAUCUGAUGAAAGUGAUUUCGAUGAUGAAGAUGAUCCAGAUUGUGUUGAAGUUCCAGGUGGUGGAAGGGAUUUACAAACCAUGUCAAAAAUUGGGAUCAGCGAGCCUGGUAUAAGUUUUCCAUCUCAAAGUGCUUCUUUGGGCGAUACAUUAAUACUUCCCAGCCCACCAGUGCCAGUACUAAGAGCACCAACUACCCAACAACCAGGUUACGAAGUCAUUCGUAUACCUCCUGGUUCUAGUCCUUUUGGACUUGGGGCUGGAAUUAAACAACAAACAGCAAAUGUUAUGCAACAGAAAAUUGGAAUCAUCCGAUCAGGCUUGCCUGCUGGUAGUGGUGCUAUAAGAGUGAACUUACCCUUACAUGCAGUUCAGUCUAUGCUGAAGGCAAAUGCUGUUCAGAAUAUGCAGAGCCCUGUUAAUAUAGCUGGAGUUGCAGGUCGCUUGGUGCAGAUGCAAAUGCAGCAGAGUGCAAAUCAACAAUUGCUGAAUGCUGCAAUUCAACCAAUGGCAUCUGUUCAGUUAAGACCCCAGCAGCUUCAGCAUCUGCAAAACUUCCAACAACUUCAACAACUACAGCAGAUGCAGCAACAUAUACCACAGGGAAGGCAAGAAGAUGCUGAAGACGAAAACGUGGAAGAAGAGGAGAAUAUGGGAGUAGCUGAGACCUACGCUGAUUACAUGCCCGCCAAAGUAAAACUUGGACGGAAACAUCCCGAUCCAGUCGUGGAAACUGCAUCACUGGCCAGUGUUGCUCCGCCUGAUGUAACUUACAAACUCAAUUUGCCCGACGAAACCAUCGACAGCGGAUCGCUUUCUGCCCUGCAGCUGGAAUCCAUCACAUAUUCCUGUCAGCAGCAUGAACGAACCUUACCCGAUGGCUCACGUGCUGGUUACCUCAUCGGGGAUGGUGCAGGUGUCGGUAAAGGUCGGACAGUAUCGGGAAUAAUCUUCGAGAACUAUCAAAAAGGGAGGAAAAGGGCUAUCUGGGUCUCGGUUUCCAGUGACCUGAAGUACGACGCGGAACGAGAUCUUCGCGACAUUGGAGCCGGCAAGAUUCCUGUCUAUGCCUUGAACAAAAUGAAGUACGCCAAAAUCUCGGCGGAUGUCAAUGGCGGAAUCAAGAAAGGCGUAAUUUUUUCCACGUACUCUUCUUUAAUUGGAGAGUCACAAUCCGGUGGAAAAUAUCGGACACGUCUGAAGCAACUACUUCAGUGGUGUGGAGAAGAUUUUGAUGGUGUAAUCGUGUUUGAUGAAUGUCAUCGAGCCAAGAAUCUUGUUCCCACCGGCUCUACGAAACCUACAAAAACUGGCUUAACUGUAUUGGAAUUACAGAACAAGUUGCCUAAAGCCAGGAUUAUCUACGCCUCUGCUACCGGUGCCUCGGAACCACGCAACAUGGCUUACAUGGUUCGAUUGGGACUCUGGGGUCAGGGUACUCCAUUUAAGGAAUUUACUGAUUUCAUCGGGGCUGUGGAGAAGCGUGGUGUAGGAGCUAUGGAAAUUGUGGCGAUGGAGAUGAAACAUCGGGGCAUGUACAUUGCCCGUCAACUGUCGUUUAAAGACGUCACGUUCAAAGUUGACGAAGUUGCCCUAUCGCCCAAGUUCAUAAAAUCUUACGAUGAUUCUGUAAAACUGUGGGUCCAGCUUCUCCAGUCCUUCACUGAAGCUGCCGAGUUGGUGAAUGCUGAUCCGAAAAUGCGCAAAACUAUGUGGGCCCAGUUUUGGUCGGCACAUCAGCGGUUCUUUAAGUACCUAUGUAUCGCGGCCAAGGUAAAACACGCAGUCCAAGUAGCCAGCGAAGCUGUCAAAUGCGGAAAGUGCGUGGUUAUUGGUUUGCAAUCCACCGGAGAGGCGCGAACUCUCGAACAGAUCGAGAAUGAGGGUGAACUUUCGGAUUUUGUUUCCACUGCGAAAGGGGUACUGCAAGCCUUGGUCGACAAGCACUUUCCUGCUCCUGAUCGUUCAAGAGUCCUCCGUUUGCUCGGUUUAGACAAAGGUGCGUCGCUUCUUGACCAGCUUGGUAUCGAUCCUGAAUCCUACGGAGAAGGCAGUGGAACCAGUGGAGCAAAACGGAAGGCUGCACGUGAAGCCGUCGAGCGGUCCAAGAAGAAAGCACGCACUUCAGAUAGCGACUCAAGUGACCAUGAACCAGACUCGGAUUUUGAACUGGAUGAUUCAUCUUCUGAACCGUCGGAUUCUGAGGAUCUUGAGGCCGAUGAUUACAAUCCGUUUGGUGGAAGCGACAAUGAAGACCCAUGGUGCAGAUCUAACAAAAAUGGUCGGACUAAAGUUAAAACUAAGGCGAAGAAGAAAGACAAAAAGGUGAAAGUGAAAGAAGCAAGGAAAAAGAAGGAAGAUUCUUUUGAUGAAGAAGAAGAAGUUAAACCACCCACCAUUCCGAUCCCACGACCUCCGUCAGUUCUGGAUAAAAAGGAAGACAUGUUCAAUCGUCCACCACCCAAAGAAGCCCUUGACAUGGCGUCGUCGAUCAAAGAUAGGCUACUGGCACAAAUCGAACAACUUGGAGCAAAUCUUCCACCGAAUACCCUUGAUCAGCUUAUCGAUGAGUUGGGGGGACCAGAAAAUGUGGCCGAAAUGACAGGUCGUAAAGGGCGCGUUGUUCAAAAUGACAAUGGACAGGUUCAGUACGAGUCGCGCUCUGAAGUUGAUGUUCCAUUGGAAAUUCUUAACAUUCGGGAGAAAGAACGCUUCAUGGCAGGAGAGAAGGACGUGGCUAUUAUCUCUGAAGCUGCCAGCAGUGGUAUUUCUCUCCAGGCCGAUCGACGAGUUAAAAACCAGCGUCGACGCGUUCAUAUCACCCUUGAAUUACCCUGGAGCGCCGAUCGGGCGAUUCAGCAGUUUGGUCGUACACACAGAAGUAACCAAGUCAGUGCUCCUGAGUACAUAUUUUUGAUCUCUGAUUUAGCCGGAGAAAGGCGAUUUGCGUCAAUUGUAGCGAAACGUCUUGAAAGCUUAGGUGCACUCACACAUGGUGAUCGGCGUGCUACUGAAACGCGUGAUCUCAGUCAGUUCAACAUUGAUACCAAAUAUGGCCGAGCGGCUCUUGAAGCCACUAUGAAAGCAGUCAUGGGUUACGAAGUUCCCAUUGUACCACCUCCUGCUGAUUACAAAGGAGAAUUUUUUAAAGAUGUUGCAGUGGCUUUAGUGGGUGUUGGCCUCAUUUGUAACAGCGAAACGAAUCCCGGCGUACUUACUUUAGACAAGGACUACGCCAAUAUUUCAAAAUUCCUAAAUCGCAUCCUAGGCAUGCCAGUCGACCUUCAGAAUCGACUCUUCCAAUACUUCACUGAUACCCUGGCUGCCAUCGUCAUUCAGGCCAAAAAAUCUGGUCGUUUUGACAUGGGUAUCCUUGAUUUGGGAUCUGGUCAGGACGACGUUCGCCGUACAAAACUCUACUCAUUUACUACCCGUCAUCCAACCGGAACAGCAAAGAUUGAGCUUCAUACUUUCGAAGUAGAGCGCGGAAUGUCUUGGGAAGUGGCUAGCGAUAAAUGUUCCAUUCUCUUUGGAGCUCAUGAAGGAUUUUACGUAUCAAAAGAGAAUCGUUACAUCAAACAAACCCCUUCGCUAGUCGUAGAGAGUGGCACAGCUGCACGUCGUGGACUUGAAAAGGGGGAGUCACUAUACACGAUCUCACGACCAAACACAGGACUGCAAUUACGUCAGGAGUCAUUGGCUGAAAUUAAAAAGAAGUAUAGAAAGGUCGAACCGGAAGUUGCCGAACCACUUUGGAAUGAUCUCUUCGCCUCUUCAAAAACGGAGUGUAUCCACACGCACUGGUACGGAAAAUGUCGUCAAAAGACUUUGGGUGUUGACUGUCAAUUCGGUCUUCGCCAACGAACCUAUAACGUCUUGUCAGGGUCUGUUUUGUCCGUCUGGACAAAGGUUGAAUCCGUUCUGAGCGCCAACUUCGGUGGAAAGAUGCAGGUUGUUCGGUUGCGUAGUGGAGGUAUCAGAAUUGUCGGUACUGUUGUUCCAAGUAGUUGUAUGCCACAAAUCAUUAAGUUGCUGACAGAAGAGUCUGAAAAUGUCAGCGAGGAAGUGUUCUAAUGCAAGUGCAUUACA